CUAAAGCUGAUGUGGCUUCCUCUCUAAAUAUAGGUCAAUGAAAGCAUGUACCAUGCUCUUGGUUAUAGCACCAUCUCGUAUCUUCAAGCUAUGAUGACAUUUGAACCACAAGCAAUUCAGCAUGCAAGCAACAGCAACAAAAUUGCUUUGGAUGUUUGUGAAAGAUAUAGAAGGAAACAUUCUUGGACAGAGUCUUUCACUAGUUGGAUCUGGAAUCCUUCUUAUGAUAAUUUAACAGAAGUCGAACGACAUGCUGAACUGUGCUAUGCUGAGUGUUUGUUUAUGAGGGCCUUGCUUACUUUUAUUCAGGAUGAAAAUCUGGUCAGUUUCAUUCGAGGAGCUCUUAAAAUCAGAAGUGCAUACCAGACUUACAAGUAAGCAAGAACAACUCUUUUAGAGAGAAAUUAGUUCUAGUACUAGCUAUAGUCUGUUGCUUCCAUUAGGAACCAGAUAGUCCAGCAGUG